UGAUGCAGAGGCGAUGCCGAGCGGGUGGAGCUCUUGCCGCGCUCCCGCGUCCUCGGCAAACACACACCCCGGGCGGAUAUCCUAGCACUAGCACGUCGUCGCAGCGCAGAGACCAACACAACACCACUCGCCGCCAGCAGCAUGCAGGAGUUCCAGUCCAUCCCGGGCCUGGCGGGGCGGCUGUUCGGCGGGGCCGCGGCGGCGGACCUGCGGCGCGCGCAGGCGCAGCAGGGCCCCGGGGCGCGGUGCGGCGGGGUGUCUCCGGCGGCCGCGGCGGCCGAGGCGGUCAAGUGCCCGCGGUGCGAGUCCACCAACACCAAGUUCUGCUACUACAACAACUACAACCUGUCGCAGCCGCGCCACUUCUGCAAGAGCUGCCGCCGGUACUGGACCAAGGGCGGCGUCCUUCGCAACGUCCCCGUCGGCGGCGGCUGCCGCAAGGCCAAGCGCUCGUCGUCGUCGUCGUCUUCGUCGUCCGCCUCGUCGGGGCCGUCCACCCCCACGUCGGCCGCGGACGCCAAGAACCCGCGCCGCGCAUCGGCGUCCUCGCCGCGCUCCAACAGCGGCAGCGGCAGCGCCAGCCCCACGGCCGCCGCGACGCCGGUCCCGGCCCCGGCCCCGACCACGCCCGCCACGCCGUCGUCCAACAACGUCGCCUCCCUCACGAGCCACCACACGAACCCCUUCUCGACGGUCGACGUGGCCCCGCCGGCGCCGAUAUUCGCCGACCAGGCCGCGGCGCUGGCGUCCCUCUUCGCGCCGCCCCCGACGCCGCCGCUCCCGGUGUUCGCCUUCGCGGCGCAGCCCAAGGAGGAAUCAUCGGCCGCCGCCUCUGCGCUGCAGCUCGCGGGACAGGCGGCGCCGUCGGAGGCGCCCUCCUCGGCCUCCGCCGACAUGGCCCCGUUCGCGUCCCUGGACGCGUCCGGGAUGUUCGACCUCGGUGACGCAUCGGCGGCGGCGUACUGGAGCGCCGGGAGCUGCUGGACGGACGUCCAGGACCCGUCCAUGUACUUACCCUAGCUUGCCGGUCUAGCUAGUUAUUACCCAUCGCGAUCCCCUAGAUUAAGCCGUGGUGAAUUGCUUCCUUCCUAACGACGACGGCCAUCCACGAGCUGCGUCUACUACCCCAUCCGGCCAUCCCCAUCUCCAUGCUCCACUGCCUCUCUCCCUCUCUCGCUGUAACUUCCUUCUUCCUCCUCGUCCUCCUUGAUUUGGCUGCACAGGCCGCGUGUAAGAAAGCUAACCUCUGCGUGUGUCGUGUCUUCACUGCCAGAGUGGAUCAUUGUCGCUGCAAUGGAGUUAAUCGCAAUAUUAAUUUCUUUUUUUCUCA